AUAUAUAUACCAUAUUUCCCGAGUAUAUUUGAUGCUUUGCAUUCUGACACAGCAAAAACGAGCUCUGGCCAGUGCUCAGUUGAUGAUCUUCUUUGGACCAUUUUGGAUAUCUUUCGCACAAACGCCGCUAUUUAUGAUGAGGUUCUUCCUCCUACCGCUUCUGUUCCUCUCCCUCCUGGUGGUGUCCAGCAACUGCCUCCACAUCCUGGGACUGUUUUCCCAUCCAGCCAUGAGCCACUUCAAGUUCUUCCAGCCCAUUAUGAGGGGUCUGGCCGAGGCUGGUCACAGUGUGGACGUCAUUAGUCCUUUUAGGGAUGAGAAGCCGCCCAAGGGCUACAAGGACUACCUGUUGCCGUCAGCUUCUCUAACAGAUGCCAUUCACCUAGAGGACUUUGAGCAUCCUUUUAGCUUCCUUGCCCACUACGUGGAGUUCUUCAUUCUCUACAACAUGGGCAAGGAGGCUUGCAAUACCACACUAAACAGUCAGGCUCUGGGCGAGAUCCUUAAGCAUCCUCCUGGCUACUAUGAUGUCAUCAUGAUCGAACAGUUCAAUACGGAUUGCAUCAUGAGUGUGGCCCAUGUACUCCAGGCACCGGUUAUUGGCCUGUCCAGCUGUGCCUUGGCUCCCUGGCACUACGAGAGGCUUGGUCUGCCCCUUAUUCCAUCCUAUAUAUCAGCUCUGUUCCAGGGAAAAUCCCAAGAUAUGUCUCUCGCCGAAAGAUUGGGCAACUGGAUCAAUGUACACUCAUUGAAUAUGCUUUACAAAAUUCUCAAUGUUCCUGCCGGCAAUGCCUUGAUCCGUCAGAGAUUCGGUCCCGAUGUGCCCUCCACCGAGGAGUUGGUGCGCAACACCUCCCUUAUGUUGAUCAACCAACACUACUCGAUGAGUGGACCCAAGCCUCUGCCCCCCAAUGUCAUCGAGGUGGGUGGUGUGCACAUAACACCACCCAAGCCUCUGCCUGCGGAUCUCCAAGAGCUGCUGGACAAGGCCGCCCAGGGUGUGAUCCUCUUCAGCUUUGGAUCUCAGCUGAAGCUGAGCUCCCUCUCCGAAUCACGGAGAGAUGGCAUAGUUCGUGCUCUGGGGAGACUGGAGCAGCAGGUGAUCUUGAAGUGGGAAAACGAAACGCUGCCGAAUAAGCCAAGGAAUCUGCACAUCAGAAAGUGGCUGCCACAGCGGGAUAUUAUGGCACAUCCCAAUGUCAGGGUGUUCAUAUCCCACGGCGGUUUGAUGGGCACCACGGAGGCGGUAGCCUGUGGAGUACCCAUCGUUGGAGUUCCCAUCUACGGCGAUCAGUCCCUCAAUGUAGAGGCUUUGGUGCAACGCGGGAUGGCCGUGCGGUUGGCCUUCAAGGAAUUGGAUGAGGAGUCUCUUUACGAAGCGGUUACCAAGGCAAUGGAUCCCACCUUCAAGCUGAGAGCCAAGGAGGUGGCCUCGGCCCAUAAUAGCCGCGUUCAGGAGCCCUUGGAGACUGCCAUUUGGUGGGUGGAGCAUGUGGCGGAGACUCGGGGUGCUCCGUUGACUCAACCCAGUGCCGUGUAUCUCUCCCGCUUCGUCUAUCACUCCUUGGAUGUGUAUCUAGUGGUGGCUCUCAUUCUCCUCAUUCCAGUGUUGACCUUUAUGGGAUUGAUACGUCUUUGUAGGGGCAGCAAGGCAGGUGGAUCAGCCAAACUGAAGCACAAGCGAAUGUGAUCUGACUCCAAUUAUAUUACAAAGCAAAGUCAGCGUUAAAUACAUAAAAAACAACACCA